CUUCUAAAGGCACCUCCAAAACAAGAACCAAGGACAAUUGAAAAUACCAGAGAACCAGAUGAAACUUUUGUUGAUGGUGAAGAUGAAGAGAUUCAAUAUGACUUAGAUACAGAUGAAAUGUCCAAUUAUUUCAAUAGAGACGUUGUACCGAAAAUUUUGAUAACAACAGCUGAAAAACCACAUACCAAAACAUUAUUGUUUGCUAGAGAAUUAAGACAAACUAUACCUAAUGCACAUUUACAUUGGAGACGUAAAUUUAGUAUAAAAAAUCUUAUAAAAAUGGCAAUAAAAAAAGAAUUUACAGAUAUUAUUGUAAUUAAUGAAGAUAAAAGAAAUCCUAAUGCUUUAUUGGUAACACAUUUACCAGAAGGACCAACAGCUUAUUUUAGAUUAAGUGGUGUAAAGUUCUGUAAAAAUAUAAAGAGGAAAGCUGAAUGGAGUUCACAUAGACCAGAAAUCAUAUUGAACAAUUUCAAUACAAGACUUGGUCAAAGAGUUGGUCGAAUGGUUGCCUCUCUCUUUCAUUAUGAUCCACAGUUUCAUGGUAGAAGAGUUGUAACAUUUCAUAAUCAAAGAGACUAUAUAUUUGUUCGCCAUCACAGAUAUGAAUUCAAAGGAGGGAAGAAAGUUGCUUUGCAAGAAAUUGGUCCAAGAUUUACGUUGAAGUUACGCUCUCUACAAAAAGGAACAUUUGAUUCUAAAUAUGGAGAGUACGAAUGGAUAUUAAAAGUGAGCUAUCAUUUAAAACUGCUAUGAACUGUCAAAAUUAUU